AUGGUGACCCGACGCACGAGUGAAGUGCCCGACCUAACCGCCCCAGCGCCGCUCGCGAAACGCAAACGACGAGCGUCGUGCCUAGGCGAGCAAGAGCGACGCGAGCGCAAACGCGCAAUCGACCGCGAGGCCCAGCGGUCGCUGCGCGAGAAGACGAAAACGCACAUCGCGGAGCUCGAGCGCACGAUCCAGAUCCUGCGCGACCAGGACCGCAACGGGGCGACGGCGAACCUGCUGUCGGAGAUCGACGGCCUGCGCGCGGAGAACGAGCGGCUGCGCGAUAUCAUCGACAGCGUCAAGAGUGCGCUCGGGAGCGAUGGGGCGCCGCGCGCGAUGGCGGCGACGGAGGCCCCGGGAGCGAGUGGAGGGGCUUACAGACCGGUAGGGCGAUCGCCGAAGCCGCGCGCGGCGUCUUCUAUCAGCGAAAGCAAACCGUCACUGCCGACCCCGACGGACCUCCCGACCUCGUAUGACUUCAGAGAAUGCACUGGCACGCGAACCGUCGAUCUGGACGGCAUGCCCAUCAUGGGCGGCAUGCCGGCCGCGCCCACGCUCGACAUGGACCUAGACAACGAGGUAAUCGAGGAAGUGCCGUCAACCGAACUCUUCUUCGGCGACGGCUGGCGCUGCCCGUCGCCUACCAUCCUGCACAUUGGCGCCCCGGGCGCGGCGGAGCGUGAGCCCGCGUUCGCCGUGUGUCCCAUCUGGAAGAAGUCCAACGAGCUCUUCGAGUGCGUGUACAGCACCCGCGGGCCCUCCGCGGUCGUGCUGCAGCGCGCCAAACUGUCCGCCUCUGCGGAGGCAGGGCUCUUGUACCAGGGCAUAAAAGACGGCUGGUCCAGCCUCCCGUCCUCGUGGACGCAGAGCCCCGCGCUGCGCAUCCUGCAGCAAGUCGACGAGUUUCUGUUCAGCCACCUGCCGAAAAUGGAGCGCCUGGCCACCGCCUACAAGAGCUUCAAGCUGCUGCAGCACUACCUCAACCCCGUCGCCGCGCCCCUCGCCGCCGUGCCCCCCUGGCUGCGCCCCAGCCCCACACAGUCGACCACCCACCACCCCAUCGCCAUCGACUUCUUCGCCUGGCCGACGCUGCGCGACCGCCUCGUCGCCGAGCACGCGAGCUUCUUCCAGUCCUCGGCGCUGUCGCACGUGUACAGCCGCUAUCUGCGCUUCGACUGGCCGUUUGCGUUUGAAGACGCGUUCUGCCGCGGGGUGGAGGGCGGGUGGGUGCCGAGUCCGCUGUUUGAGCGGUAUCAUGGGGACCUGGGGCGGUGGGGGGUGGGGGAGGAGUUUUAUGAGGGGUUUCCGAUGCUGCGGGGGGAUAUUGAGGGGGAUCGGAGGAGGUUUGCGGAGGACGGGGGGGUGUAG